AUGGUGAUCUCUGGUAGCGAAGUGAUUCUCGUUUUCCAAAGAUCUGCUAUACAUUUUAGUUCACGAUCGCGUUCACCUCGCCGCCGGCGUGAUAACCGAAGUGGCAACGGUCGGCCACGUAUGCAGAGAGAUCGUGGUGGGAGAGGAGGUGGUCACUUCAGAGGCAGAGGUGGUCCAAAUCGAAGGGAUAAUGUUCCAAGACGCGAUAACAAGGAUCAUAAACAGGUACUAGAUCUUCUGGACAAAAAUUCUAUCAUCUCAGCUGAAUGUGCCAAGGCGGUUGGGCUAGACAAUGAAUAUCUGUCGAAACUAGAGGAUCAGCGGAGGAAACGGGAUGAGGUUCUGCGACGGAAAGAGCAGCGGCGAUUUGGUGGAAGUGCACAUGACUCUUCUUCAAAUACGCGAUCGAAUGAUCAAGCCGAGACGGCUCUCAAAAAGAACAAAGCCUAUCUUUGCGUAAAUGUGAAAAAUGUGAAACAACUGACGACGGCAAAGUUGCGUGUUGAAACGUUGGCGAAGGAUCUGGGAGAGAUUAGGAAAUGUUGGAAGUCCAAUGAGGACCAAGUAACAGUGAUAUUCGUAGAGCACUCAAAAGCGAAAGAAUUCAUGUUGAAGUACAACAACAAAGUCCUGUCAGGACUCCGUAUUCAAGUCAGCUUGGAGAAGGCGUACCUGAAUUUAGCCGAGAUUCAAUAG